AUGGCUAGCGACAAACUGUUAUAUCGUGCCUCGCGUAAUGGCUGGGCUGCAUCCAACUUUCACUCUUGUUGUGACAACAAGGGACCGACUGUGACAGUGAUCAAGAGUGGAAAUUAUAUAUUUGGAGGCUACACCGAACAGGAGUGGAAAGCUUCUGGUGAUUGGAGAAAGGCACCAGGCUCGUUCUUGUUCAGUCUUGUCAACCCAAGCGGUCUGCCACCAACAAAGAUGCCUUUGAAACCUGAAAAAGAGAGAUAUGCUAUCUAUUGCCGCAGUGACUGUGGGCCAAUAUUUGGGCGUGGCCAUGAUCUUGUUAUUGUCAGUGAACCGAAUUCUAACGACUGCUGGGCAAGCCUAAACAACUCGUACCAGUGCCCAACCGGCCAAUAUGGUACCACGUUCCUCACAGGAAAAAAAGACUUUACUGUCAGUGAAAUGGAAGUUUUUGUGAUUGACGAGUAA